AUGAAUAGCAUUGGGCAGGACCUAGUAUCAUGGUCAAAGACCGGCUUAAUUGCCUAUGGUGACUCAAAGUCUCCCGAAGGAAAUCUUUGCAUUACAUUCCUUGAGACCAUCAACGGAACAAAUUGGAGGUUUCAUCCGGUACAAAGAUACAUUAUUCAUCCUCAAUUACAUGAAAAUGGUGCUGUGAAUGGACUUGGUAGCAAUAGCGGCCAUACUAGUGGUAAUGGAGUCCGUCAUGGUAGCGUCUCUGGUCAAACACCAUCGCUCACAAGUGGUGGGAAUAGUGAUAAGCAUUCCCAUGGAUUCUUUUACAACGUGUCAUCUGUACAUUGGAACAAUUGGUUCAGUCUCCCAGGUGAUAUGUUAGCAGUGUGUGAUGAGUUAGGUAAUAUGACAAUGCUGAUCUCAGGUCAAAGUCCAGAGGGCCCAUCUACUAUUGAGAAAUUGACCAUGUUGUUCCAAGAUAACGUUUACAAGAUUCACAAUCAACUUGUUCCUUUACGCCCUACUACUGUAAUGACAACCACCCCAUCAUCUACGUCAUCGUCAUCAUUAGGUAAAAUGGAGAGAAAGCAGACAAAAAAAGAGUACCAUACGACGAUUUUAAAUUUUCACUGGUUGAGUUCUUCCAAACCUGUUAUCUGUUCCCAAUUCUGUGUUUUUGAUGUAAGUUCUAAUACUCACAGGAAUAAGGCUCAACAAAUCCCACCAUUUGGUGUUUUCCAUCCACCUUUCAUGAAAUAUGCAUGUAUGGCAGUGAGAAAAAAUGGCCAGAUAGAUUUUUGGUAUCAAUUUUCCAACUCCAAAGAUCAUAAAAAAAUCACUUUACAACUACAAAAUUCACAAAAUCAGAGAACCAAGGAAUUGGAUUGGUUAAAAUGUGCUAAGAUUACACCAAUCAAUGAUGAUCAAUGUAUGCUAAUUUCCACUUAUUCCAAAUAUUUCAAAAGAUUAUCAUUUUACAAACUUCAUAUCAAUUGGAACGUCAAUGCUACAACACCAACAACUUUAAAUGAUCCCUCAUUAAAAAUUUCUCACAUUUUGGACGUUGUACCAGAUGCACUAGAUGAUGAAGGUAGAGUCCUCGAAUUAGCUCACCUCCAUGUUUUAUCCAAGAGUUCAGUGGAGAAGAAUCCAUAUCCAGAGAUUUUACUUGUCUAUAAUGUUUUUGGUACUAAAAAUUCUCUUUUGAAGCGGUUCAGGUUGGUACAAACUCAGUUAGGGCCCGAUUUCGUUAACAUCUUGAAAUCGGCAUCAUUUUCUUCCGACAGCGGCAGCUCUACAAACCAACCGCUGCGAUCGAAACAUUUCAGUCUUCUACAGACUGGAUCGAUAACAUUUCCCAACAGAGUGAUUUCUAUGACUUCAGAGAUGCUCGAUGGGCUUGCAUCUUUUUAUUUCCAAGAUGGGUCCAUAGUGACCUAUAACCAAAACGAUUGGAAACCUGAAAGUGAAAGGUUACAGAACCAAAGUAAACAGGGUAAAUUCCGUGAUAUGAUAACUUCUGUCUUAAGUGCAGGUUUACAAUUCCCCAAAGUACCACCUUCUGCCGCCAUCGAAUGGUUGAGAAUCUCACCAUCCAUGGGUGGUGUUAUUGUAAAAUUGGCAAAGAAAAAUAAUCCAAGGUUCUACGCCAUACAAGAUAAAGACUAUAACGAUGUGAAUUCCGAUGCUUCCAAUGCCACGACUUUGGCAUUUGGAUUUGUUGCCAGUACGCAUAGGCAAUUAUCAUCAGAAGAUUUAUCGAUUGCAUGCAAGACUCAUGUAGUAAGACUAACACAACUCGAUGAAGAAAGAGCUAGAAAUUUCAUCACAACAUUAAUAUCAUGUAUCUACUCUUUCUUCAACGUGACUCCAGAUGCUCCGAAGGAAAUCAUGGAUAAAAUGAUUUCUAGUAGACCCAUUCAAAAGACGAUGCUCUUACAAUUGGAAUUAGGAUGUACUUUCACCAAGAGUAACGUUUAUGAAAUGGCCAGAGUGAUAAUGUCAUUAAGGAACGUAUUAUUUGCCUUCAACGGGGUUUCGCGUAAUCUACACUUUGCCGUUGAACAAUUGAGUAAUAGUUCACUACAACAAUCAAACAGUAAAGCAUUCCAAACCUCGUUCUCCAAGCAAGAUUUGGUGCAUUCUUUAAUCCCGAUCGCGAAAUGGUUUGUUAAAUUUGUCACAUAUCUGAUACAAGAAGUAAUCUUAUUGAUUAAUGAUCCCCAGGAUAAAUCUAAUACACUAGUCCUAGGAGUAUUCGGGGCUAGAAUGCCGCGCACUUUAAUACUUUCCAUUCUCAAUGAAAUUAAAAAAGUGACCCAAAUUGUAACUAAAUUUCCAGAGACUUCGUACCCAGUUUUGAACGAAUCCUCUAAAUUUUUAAAGAUGGUCCUUGGAGAAUCACCAGUUAAUUUUGAGAAAUUCGAGACUUUCUUAGUGGAUGUUAAUAACAAGUUUUCGGCCUUCAACGAACAACAACCAUCCACUUUAAGAGAACCUUCAUUAUUAGUUAAAGCUGAAAUUCCCUCCGAUGUUCACAAGAUGGGAGAUUUCCUACUAGCCUAUUCCAACAAUGCAGUAAUUUCUCAUGUUAACGCAACUUCUGUGUAUUUCACGGAUACCAGUGAAUUGAGAAUUUCUCACGGUGAGUUCUUCAACCCUCAACUGCUAAAAUUACUUCAACCAAUUGACGAAGGCUUAGUAGUAGAUACUGAUGAAUUGCCAGACGAUCUCAAGUCAUCUAGAUCUUUUUGUCAAGUGAAGUUCGAUACUAUAUCUUUCGAUCACUUCACCCCAGAAGAAUUGUCCGACGGGAAAUUGAAAAGAUGCUGCAGAUGCGGAUGCGUUACGAGAGCCGGCUACAUCAUUUCACCUAACAAAACUAUAGUUCCCACAAGCAUACAAACCAAAAGAUGGCCAACUAUGUACACUAGGAUUUGCAUAUGUUCGGGAUUUCUCUACGAACUAAAUGAUUAA